AUGGAAGGAAAGAUUAGAAUAGAAGAGCAUUCAUUGGCUCCAUUACAACACUAUGAUAGUGCUUCUGAGGAUGAAUAUGUGAGCAUUUUGAUUGAGAGGGAAACGGGUACUCUUGCUUUCAAAAAUAUUGAGUCUUUCAUAUUUGUGAAUUGCUUCAGUCAUUCACGCAUGAAUGCUCUUAAUUGGAUUCUUCAGACAAGAGCAACACUUGGUUUUAGCUUUCAAACAGCUUAUUUGUCCAUGGCAUACUUUGACAGAUUCCUUUCCAAAUGUUCCAUUGAUAGUGGUAAGUGUUGGAAAAUGAGGUUGCUAUCAAUUGCAUGUCUUACUCUAGCUGCAAAAAUGGAGGAGAGUGAAGUGCCGGUGCUAACCGAGUUUCAAUCGGAAGAUUAUUGCUUCGAAAACAAAGUGAUUCAGAGAAUGGAGCUCUUGGUGCUUAGCACAUUGGAAUGGAACAUGGUUAUGAUCACCCCAUUAGUUUUCCUUCCUUAUUUCAUCACAAAGCUCUGCAAUGAAUCCCAAACAUGCCAUGUUUUGUCCAAGACUAUUCAAAUCAUCUUCACACUAAUACAAGAGGUCAAUUUAAUGGAUCAUAGACCAUCUGUUAUUGCGGCUGCGGCGACUUUGGUGGCAAUGGAUCAGCACUUGACAGUAGAAUCAGUAAAAUUGAAGAUGAGUUCAAUUCAUGAAUUCAGAUUUCUUGUAGCUGAAGAUAUAUUUGCAUACUAUGAUCAAAUUCAAAGUUUCUACAUUGAGAAAGAAAACUAUAAGACACAAGAGAAGGAGAGUUACACUCAAUAA